UUCGUAAAGAUGAGUCCGAAGUACACUCAGACGUUCGGGAAAAGCUGGGAAUAUUUAGCCGAGUUUAAAGAUUGGCUAAAUAAGAAUAAGGCAUAUAGUUUGUUUUGCAAAUGUGAGAUGAUAGCAAAGUUGCGUGACUUGCGUAAUAAUUUUUGGAAUGCUAAAUGUGAAAGCUUCGUGACAUUUUCAACGGUUGCUCCAAAGUUGGUGAUACCGGGAAAUGCACAGUCAGUGGUACUGAGGGAAGUUCGUAUUUGUUUCACAUCAUACGCCAUUUAUAGCUAUGGAUCACGCCUUGUUGAAGUCUAAGAAAUACUAUCUAGACUUCCUGAUAAUUUUGAGAUAUUGCGCCAAAUGUCCCUUUGUUGUAAAGCAAUCCUAUCAGUGACAUUGCAGUUUUUCAUCAUGAUGUUGAAAAUGUGAAGAAAAAGGCAUUAUAUGAAUUAGGUAGCUAAGGCUGUACCUACAUACCAAUCGUCACUUCCUUAUUCGAAUGCAGAAGUUGAGAGGCUUUCAGCCAACCGUUAAAAUCUGUUGAUGGAGCGUUUUCAAUUCGAAGAAGUUCAAGAAGAUUAGGAAAGGACUGUUAUACAAAUAUCUUCCCAAAGUGAUCGGCAAGUAAUUCCAGACAGUUCAACAAGACCAUCUUCCAUGGAGACGGAGGAGGACCACAAUGAAGACAAUUUUUCUUCGUCAGUAGAUUUUUAAGAUAUUUCAUUGAGGUGUCAGCUAGGACACAUUUUAAAAUAACGAAAAGGAGUGACUAUGCAUAAAGGGUCUCCAUGGUUACCAGAAGGAAAUUGGGACUGCCCAGGUGAUGGAGGAUCUCAGCAGUGGGGGCCUCCACCCCCGGUUGGGAUAAGUCCUCCUGUUGGCCCUCCCCCCACAGUGGGACUUCCGUACUCAGAUGGCAUGCAUCAGUGGACAGCACCUCCUAAUGCUGGCCCAGUUCCUCCAGUUGGGCCUCCACCCCCCUUAGGACCUACCCCUCCUAUAGGCCCCCCUAUUACAGCAGGAGCACCUCCUCCACUAGGCCCCCCACCGCCAACGCCCUCUGGACCUCCACCCCCACCGCCUGGAGCUCCACCACAUACAUUUAGUCACUCCAUGCCCAGUGCUAAUGCAGGUGUAAAACAGCCCUCAGGGUAUCAUGGUCAGCAGUCAUACCCAGCCCCAGCUGACUUCUAUUCUGCCUCAGUAAAUCAAAACUUGCCCCAUUAUGAUGCUCAGCACAGUUUUCCACCUGUGCCUGUAGCUCAUGGUCCUCCUCCAAGAUUACCUGGUCCUGCUCCAGAUGCUUCCCAUUAUAUGGGCAGUGAGAGUAUGGGCCAUGCCCCAGCUUAUUAUUCUUACCCUCCCCCUCAAGUUGCCCCUCCCUAUAAUUCUGGAUGCUACGAUGAUGGUGGCUAUGCUUGGCCUGCACAUCCUACAUACUCAUCUGAGUUCUCUCAGAAUGGUUCUACUACUGUAGCCCCUCGAAGUAAUGGGAGCAAAGAAGGGUGGGAUGGUAGUGAGUGGGGGAUUGGUGGACACUGGGAGUCUAAACACAGACCAUACUCAAAGGAAGCAGGUGCCAAAUCAUCCAGUGAAAGGCCACGAGACUCUUCAAGACAAAGUUACAGAGAGGGAGAUCGUGGGAGAGAGGAUCAUAGCUCUUCUGCUAGCAGUCAAGAGAAUUGUAAAUAUUCUUCGAGGUACAAAAGUGACCGUGGAAGUAGAGAAUCCUCUUAUCACAAAGAUGACCAUUACAGUCGUGGAAGAUACUCUGGGGGAAAUGAUAGGUGGCAUCACGGUCAGGAUGACAGUCGGGUGAGGAGGUCGCACUCCAGGAGUUCUCCAGCACCAUCUUCCAGAAAGAGCUUUUCCAGCAGGCAUCCCUCUCCUCUUAGGAAGAGAGAGGGGGAAGCAAGUGAUAGGCAUGAUAGAGAACGCAGUUCAGGACGUUCGAGGAGUCCAGUAAGGCGUUCCCUAGGAAUGUCUUUGUCACGAUCACCUGAGAGGAAGAAAUUACGCAUGGUGAAAGAAUCGUCAGAGGAGGGGUCGUACAGCAGCAGCAGCAGCAAGAGAAAAUCAAGUUCAUUGAACCCAUCGGUGAAAAGUGAGAUAAAAAAUAGUACUCAUGUAUCAAGUAGCAAUGUGUCAAGUAGCAAAGUGAGCGAAGAAAUUACUGCUGAAGACCUCCAAGAGGAAGAUGAUGGUAAAGAUUCUUGGGUUCGUUCAGCUCCUGCUGAUCUACAUUACCAGCGGGACAAAAAAAACCCAUUUGUCAUGUGUGCCACCAAAAGAUUGCAGACAUUGUGCACCAGUGUUGAAGAGAAACUGCUGAAACGAGCACAAAGAGUGAGAGAAGAAAAAGCUAAACAAAGAAAAGAUAAAGGGGAAACACUUUCAUCAGGUUGUAGCAAGGAGUGCAUUAUCACUACUGAAGCAUCUAAAAACAAGGAAUGUGAGGAGACAGGGAAAGUUCUGAGUCGAGAACUGACCAGUCGUCUAAUGAAAACUUACAGAAGAAUGUGAGCGAAGGAAAUGU